UUCUUCUCUGCUCAGCUGAGCCGUUCCAAACUUGCAAUUCCAACUUCAACCUCCUCCUCUCGCUCACUCCUAUUUAUUACAGUAGCUAAAGCUUCCCUCCUCUCCUCCCCCCGAGCCCCCUUCCCUCCUGAUCACAGACAGCCAUUUCUUGCCACUUGCAUCACAUAGCAGCCAGCAGAACCCACCUCACCUAUUUUCCACGCGGGACAGUGAAACAAAUUGGCGGCGCGCGGAAAGGAAACGGAGCCACACGCCUGACCUGAGGUUUGCAGAGGGAGGUUUCCAGAGGCAGAGGGGGAUAAGGCAGGCAGGCAGGCAGGGGAUGAGUACAACCAAGGUGAAGAGGCGUGUGGGCAAGUAUGAGCUAGGGCGGACCAUCGGCGAGGGCACCUUCGCCAAGGUCAGGUUCGCCAGGAACACCGAGACCGGGGACCCCGUUGCCAUCAAGAUCUUGGACAAGGAGAAGCUUCUCAAGCACAAGAUGGUCGAGCAGAUCAAGCGGGAAAUUGCAACGAUGAAGUUGAUUAAGCAUCCCAAUGUUGUCUGCAUACACGAGGUGAUGGGAAGCAAAACCAAGAUCUACAUUGUUCUGGAAUACGUCACCGGCGGCGAGCUCUUUGACACAAUUGUUAACCAUGGCAGAAUGAGGGAAGAUGAGGCAAGGAGAUACUUCCAACAGUUGAUUAAUGCGGUUGAUUAUUGCCAUAGCAGGGGGGUGUACCACCGUGAUUUAAAACCAGAAAAUCUAUUACUUGAUUCAUGUGGAAAUCUGAAGGUGUCUGAUUUUGGGCUGAGCGCGCUAUCUCAGCAGCUCAAGGAUGAUGGAUUACUGCACACGACCUGCGGCACUCCAAAUUAUGUUGCACCGGAGGUCCUCGAAGAUCAAGGCUAUGAUGGCGCAAUGGCAGAUUUGUGGUCAUGUGGAGUAAUUCUGUUUGUUCUGCUAGCAGGGUAUUUGCCUUUUGAGGACUCUAAUCUUAUGGCCUUGUAUAAGAAAAUAUCAGAUGCAGAGUUUACGUUUCCGCCUUGGACGUCUUUUCCUGCCAAGAGGUUGUUAACAAGAAUCCUUGAUCCAAAUCCGAUGACGAGAAUAACAGUUCAAGAAAUGUUAGAGGAUGAGUGGUUCAAGAAAGGUUACAAGCGUGCGGAGUUUGAUGAGAAGUAUGACACAACACUGGACGAUGUGGAUGCUGUCUUCAAUGAUUCAGAAGAGCACCAUGUAACAGAAAAGAAAGAAGAAGAACCAGUAGCUCUGAAUGCAUUUGAACUGAUUUCAAUGUCAGCAGGCCUUAAUCUUGGAAAUUUAUUCGACUCUGAGCAAGAAUUUAAAAGAGAAACAAGGUUUACAUCUAAAAGCUCGCCUAAAGAAAUUCUCCACAAGAUCGAAGAAGCUGCAAAGCCUCUAGGAUUUGAUAUUCACAAGAAAAAUUACAAGCUGAGACUAGAGAAGGUAAAAGCAGGAAGGAAGGGGAAACUCAAUGUUGCUACCGAGAUACUGCGAGUCGGACCUUCUCUUCAUAUGGUUGAAGUUCGCAAAGCAAAAGGCGACACUCUAGAAUUUCACAAGUUCUACAAGAACCUUUCAAACACCUUGAAGGACGUUGUAUGGAAAUCCGACGAUCUUCAGAUCCAACCUUCCUAGCAGCAGCUUGGGAGAAGGGGGGAUGGGUAAACUAUUAGCAUCCCAUUCUUCCUGAGUUGAUCCAUUCUCAGGAGCUGGAUCAAGAUAAAUUGUUCACCGCAUUUUGUAAGUACAGGUGGAUAGCCCUGUUGUCAGCCGUGCCUGUCCUCCACUGGUGUUGUAUAUGCUGCAUUUUGAGAGACUUGUUGGAACAGUUUAAGUCAAGCACAUUCAAGUAGGUUUUGCUGUAUAUUAGGCAUGUGGGUUUUCACAAGCCGUAUCAAGUUCACUUUGGAACAACAAUGCAAUCAGGAACUCGCAAACAUUUAGCCGAAUAUGCUUGUAAACUCACAUCGGCCGGUCAUCAUUUCGUUCCCAUUGUAAAUUGUGAGACCAUGAAGUUAA